AUGCAUGUGCUAUUUGAACCAUGUGCUACAGCAGUUGAUGUGAUAAUUUCAAAUGAUGAGCUAGCAUUGAAUGAGGAACAAGAAUUGUUAGAAAAAAUUGAUAACACAACUAUGCUUUUGAUCUAUACCGAUGCCUCUAAACAACAUGAUGAAGUAGCAGCAGCCGUGACGAUAAUGACAAAAGCUGGUGAUGAGUUUAGAUGGGAGGAUUAUGGCAUGUAUUUAGGACAAAAAUACUCCGUGUAUCAUGGCGAGCUGUUAGCGAUACAACACUAG